AUGCUGGUGGGGGUGCGGGAGUAUCGACGAGAGGAGAUUCAGCGCAUAUGCGGGACAUCGGCCGAGGCACUUGUCUCGUAUUACACGCUUCUUCGCAACAAGAACGAGGCGAUCAUGGCGGAUGUAACAGAUGCCCGGGCAAGGAAAAACAUGAAUUUUGAUUACUACACGACAACAGCCAAUAGUCUUUUUGAGGAGGCGGUCAGGCCCAUCAUACGCACCGUUCUGCCUCCUAUAUCUUCUCCACAAGUUGUGGUCGUGGUGGACGGGACAGAGACGACACGGUUCCACACCUUGCUGGACCCAGAAGAGGGUAUUCUGGCACUCUUUUGGCGCUUGUUGAUGGAUGCGGUGGAGUUUAGAAGCAUUCUGGGGGCGGUUUACAUCGCUGUUGUGGAGCUGGACGACAACAAUCGACUGAGGGAUAUAGCGUGUGCAGUUACUGCGGAGAAGGAGCCGAUCAUCUUUGAGGAUGCUGAAGAUCUUUUCACGUCCGUCGAAGACGCGUCCUACAUGGAACUUAGGGCCGAAGCAGAUAUUGCGAGGCUGAUGCAGCAUGCACGUCGAGUCGCAUUGCCUGAACGGCAUCAAAUUUUUAGUUUUAUCCUUGUCCCCCAAAAGGCAUCGGGUCUACCGAAUUGUACCAUUCAGUUUGUCGCGUUGUCAGUGUCUGAAAUGGCACGAGGAAUGUGGUCUACUCGACACUGCAUCACGACGGCAGCGUCGCUUAUAGAGAGCCGGUCCCCUUCAAUGACGUUUUCGGGAACAAAACUCUCAUUUCUCCUAAAACCCGCACUUCUUGGUCAACAACCGGGUUUAUGGAUUUCUUGCUUUGCCCCAACCAGUGUAGCAGCUCUUAAACAGCGGGAAACGUUCAAGGAGUCCUUCUGCAUCGCACAUACAUUGUGUCGUGUGUACAGCUCACGUGUUGGUGCGAGUGUGAGUGAGGCUUGCCAAAGAAUUGGUUUUAAAGAAGGAGAUUAUUCCAAUGAGAACUGUGACGAGCAGGUGGAGGUACAACCCCGCAAGGAUGUUCCCAAACCGAGUUUGUUAGGCCCGUGGGAGAAGACAAGGAGGAGGUUGUCUAAAACUACUUCGCUGCACCCUUCCUUAUCGGUAUCAUUGUUAUCAUCGUCAUUUUCCUUACACUCCACACCAAAUCCAGGUCAACAAAAAAAAGGGGAAGAAAGAGGAAACAGUCCCACUUAUGGAAUUACCGACGAUCAUUUGUCCUCCUUGGCGGCACCACAGCAAAAGCCAACGGGCCUUCUUGUCACUCCAUCUGAACGGAGGACGAAGUCGUUAGACAGUAAUAAAACAGGAUUUAAAAAACGCAGGGACGUCACAGGCAAUGGUCGGCGGUCAUUGAGCCGUCCGUCACACGACCGAUGCAGUUCAUUGGAGAAGCAUCCGUACAAUUGUAGUGCGAGGUAUGAGUUAGAGACCUACAAGCGCGUGAUGGAACCGGCAAUGAAUCGGUUGCGAGAGGAUAUUCAACACUAUAUGGCCCUGCUGGAGGAUGCGAGACGGCAGAUUCGGCGGAUCAAGCGUGUUAACAAUGAGGAGGGUGGAGUUGAAAAGUUACGGGAUUCUCUCUUGACAGCCAAGCGAGAUUGCGCGUCUCUGGAAGCAGAGUUUACAAGACGUGAAGAAAUGCUUCAAUCAAGAGUGAGUGAGCUUCAAACUCGGUGCGAAGAGCUCUCCCAGCAAUUGCGUGGUCAGACAUCAUGUGCAGUCCCCGAAGGAGAAAAAUUACCACAAAAGAGCAUUUCUACCCAGACACACAACCCAGUACCUUAUUUUCCUCCGUUAUCAUCGUCGUCGCCACCACCACCAUCGGCACCUUUGCCUGUAGAGGAUGGAUUGGUCGCAUCCCGGGCUUUUCCAAAAGAUUCCCCACGAAAAGAUGUACAGCAUGUAUCGCAGUGGUUUGAAGUUGUUAAUUAUCAUCAACGGGAAUUGGAGGAUUAUGCCGAGCGUGAACGUUCUUAUCGCAACCGUAUCCUUCUCUUGGAACAGAAGCUUAGUGAACGUGAGUCCGAGAUGGCACAGGUAAGGGCGGAGCUGAUUCGACGAGAUUGUGAAAUUUCUCUGGAGGCAGUGAGUAAUCAACGAAGAGAACACGAAAAGAAAAUGGACCACACUCAGUUUGAAGAUGUGGAGUACCUGCGUGCUAAACUGUUUGAGGCCAACAAUGUCAGUUCUAGGGUGGAGCAGCAUCUUGAAUCGUGUAUAAAUGAAUUGAAAGAGGAGCGGAGGCAGCGAGAGGCAUCAGAGGCAGAGCUACGCCGUCUACAGGGGUUAUGUGCUCAGCACAUGGAAACUGGGGCUGUGAAGGAGAUGAUACAGAUGGUGAAGGAAAGCUAUGAACGCCAUGUUAACCACCUUCAACGGGAAGUAGAGGAGUUGCGAAAAGUAGCUCAUCAAGCGGUUUCAAAUGAAAUGAUUUCCCGAGCAAAUAGUUCUACCACUUCUACGCCUCGGCAAAGGCCACAAGGGCGUCAGCAUGGCGGAAUGGUUUCUCCCGCCAUCGAAACGUUACAAGCUAAAUCCAUGUUUCCUUCUAAACCCUCACUGCCUGACGAGACUAAUGCCACCAAUGAUGUCCCCUCGACACAUUCAAAAACAAUACCUGUGCGCAGUGGAGUGAGACGGUUUGAGGAUUUUAUGAAAGAGGAGCCGUCAUAUACGAUUCGUUUACCAAAGGCACUUGAUCGCGCUAACCUUUCAUAA